AUGGAAGGUGUAAAAGAUGUAGGGAAAGAGGGGCCUUGUUUUGAAGAGUAUAAUGUGCCUUAUCAGCGUUCAAAAUCAAUUGCAAAGCUACCUCGACCCGCUAGCAAUGGCUUUAGCAGCUUUGUUUCACUAGCAUCUUCAAGCAAUGUUGCUACUUCAAAGCAGAAAGUUCUCCCGAACUCCACUGGCAAUUAUUCUCAUUGUUCUGUUGGAUUAAUAUCCGAAAGUUCACUAAGGAAAUCCAAGCCCUUCAUCUUGGAUCUGUCGAACUAUGAAAGACCGAAUUUGACGAUGAAAACUCUCAAGUACGAUAAUCUCGACUUUGUUAAUAUCGUCGAAGAAAAUAGUAGAACUUCCGAAAACAAAACUACAUCGGAAGACUAUAUAGAUGGAGAUAAUUUUUCUAAAGUUAUGCUGAAGUCGGAGGCACUUAAUGAUGGUAUUUUUGAAAGAGUUAAAAGGAAAAGAUGUGCUUCUGUUGUGGAUUCUUUGUCUCAGUUGUUUCAGGGAUCAAGAGGCUGUAAUAAACCAGCUAAGAUUGAAUGGAUAAUGAAGGAGAGUCUGAAAGAGAAAGUUUCAGGAAAUUCGGAUGAAAAGAGAGAUAUGGUAGACAGUGUCGAAGAAGGCUUUGUUCAAGGUCCUCACUUAACUCCUGAUGAUGUCGUGAGAGUUAUUGGUCAGAGUCUAUUUCACAAAGCAAGACACACGAUUUUGGACCAGCAGAAAAUAUUUUCUAGCCAGAUACUCGAGUUACACAGGCUUAUAAAGGUGCAGAGGUCUAUGGCCAGAUCACCAGAAAAGCUAGCCGAAAAAAGUUUCAAUCGAAACAAGCCACCAAUCCAAUUCUCCCUAAAGUCUAAUGUCGAAGAAGUAUACUUUUCUCCAAUGCUUGCAACGACCCCAAAUGGCAUUUCUAGUAAAAAUGCUAAAGUAGUGCCACCGUAUAUUUUGCAUCCGCCAAUUGGGAACCAAUGGCUGGUCCCCAUUAAAUCGCCAUCCGAGGGACUCGUUUACAAGCCUUAUCCCAGGCCUUAUUUCUCUACCAGCAGCAUUGUCUUUGACAAUGUCAUUGGUCAAGGUUAUUUUUGUAAUUACACCAUGCCACCAGUAAAUAAUGCUAGUGUUGAGGAUAUCCAGUCCAAGGAGGAGCCUGUGGAGAAAGACGGUCUCGCCCUUUUCCCUAUGACUCCAUUGGGGGAGAUGUUGAAGGAUGAAAAUGACAGUCGAAACACGGGAGUAGUCAAAGUUGUGCCUCACAACCGGAAAUCAGCACCGGAGUCAGCUGCACGAAUUUUCGAGUCUUUGCAGGAAGAGAGAAGGGUUCUUCGACUUUCUUCAUGCACAUGA